AUGAAGAGAGAAAGAUCCGAGUUCGAAGAAUCAAUCAAGAAUCUAGACAUUGCGCAAUGUCUAAUGAUACUAUUACAAACCUCCAUGGUCAAAGAGAUUGGUGUGAACCGAUAUACGGAGAGCGAUACAAGUAACCGGUUCGAAUGCAAAACGUGUAACCGGAGAUUUUCUUCGUUUCAAGCCCUUGGGGGCCACCGGGCAAGCCAUAAGAAGCCAAAGCUCACCGUAGAACAGAAAGAUGUGAAACAUCUUGGCAACAAUUACAAAGGAAAUCAUUUGCAUGAGUGUUCGAUAUGCGGUCAGAGUUUUGGAACGGGACAGGCUUUAGGCGGCCACAUGCGACGCCAUAGGUCAAGCAUGAUGGUCGAGCCAUUGCAGUUCAUAUCUCCGGUGACUCCUACCAUGCCGGUUUUGAAACGAUGCGGUAGUAGCAAGAGGGUUUUGUCUUUGGAUUUGAAUUUAACUCCAUUAGAAAAUGAUCUUGAAAUCAUUUUUGGGAAGACUUUUUUCCCAAACAUAGAUAUGAAGUUCGUUGUUUAG